GUGUGUGUGUGUGUGUGUGUGUGUGUGUGUGUGUCUAUGUCUAUGUGUGUGUGUCCUCAGCUCUGGGUCUGGCCACUCUCAGCAUUGCCCUGAGUGUGAGGAUCUUCUUCACCUUCCUCAUGGUGCUCUGCGCUGGAUUUGAUUUGAAAGAGAAGAUCUUCAUCGCUCUGGCCUGGAUGCCUAAAGCCACUGUUCAGGCUGCGAUUGGCUCGACGGCUCUGGACACGGCGCGUGUGAAGCAGGAUGAGGAGUGUCAGCGUUUUGGUAUGGACGUGCUGAGCGUGGCCGUUCUCUCCAUCCUCAUCACUGCUCCACUCGGAGCGCUGCUCAUCGGCCUGUGUGGACCACGCCUACUGAGGAGACCCAAGAACCCCGAGUGGGGUGUCUUUGUGACUCCCCUGUGACUCUUCUACAACUCUAUUUUGUCUCCUCUAUGACUCCUCUGACUCUCUUCU